ACCCUUCAGAUGCUUCUCAGCUGCGUUCAUUUCUAGUUUCAGUGUAGUUUAUGGGGUUAACAAAGGAUUAUCUGCGUUACGUGCACAGUGGUAGCUGCGGCUGUGUUGGAUCUUCGAAUGGUGCCGUGUGUGCUGUUGACGAAAAAGUUUGUGCUGUUACUGCUUGCGAAAAUGUCAGCUUCUACAACAUGAGGACCAGUGAGAAGGUUAACGAAAUAUCGGAGUCCGAAAAGGAUGCAACCUGCAUAAAGCUGAGCCCUGAUAAGAGAUGGCUUGCAGUUGGGUACACCGAUGGUGUGAUACGAGUCUUUGAUAGGAGUUCGAGCGAAAUGAGUAGCGUCAUUUUCUCUGGUCACAAGAAGGGAGUCAAUUGUUUGGAAUUCAGUGAUGAUGGGCUAACUUUAGCCUCUGGAGGAAAGGACUGUGCAGUGAUUCUGUGGGACGUAGUCUCGGAAAGCGGUCUUUUUCGUCUCAGUGGACAUAAAGGGCCCGUUACUCACCUGGCGUUUGUCCGUGAUGGUCAAUUUCUCAUCACAUCUAUAGUUAUCGAUGAAACACUGAUGGUGGUUGCAAGUGCUGAAGCUGAGCUUAUUUUGUACAGCCUUACUUGGUUGGAUGACGGAGUCGUGCCAACAUCCAGUCAAGACCAGGAGCCUGAGAAAAAGAAAGCUUCGACUGAUGUUACGAACGGUGCCAUUGAAGAUAUGGCGAAUAUUGCUUCCUCACCUGAUAAGAGGUUUCUCUUGUGCAUGGGGGCUGACAAGAUCGUCGACGUUUAUCGCGUCUUUACAGAAGCAGAGUCUAGUAAACGUCUUGCGAAGAAGUUGAAAAAUGCGAAGAGGAAAGCCACAAGCGAAAGCGGAGCUGCAGGAGUUUCCGAGGAAGAAGUGAAGAAGGAUGUGACCAUUCUUGUUGCUCCGGUCGGUGAGUACCGCUCACAGUCCAAGAUCAAGUGGGCAGAUUUCACCGCCAAAUGCGUCAUGGACGAAGAGAGCAACAUCGAAUAUUCGGUCUUCACUCUUAUGGCCAAUAACAAUGUGCAUCUUUUGAACUUUAGGUGUAAUCUCGCAUCAAAUGCUGUAACAUUCGAAAGAGUCUCCAACACUGAUCGUCUUGGCCAUAGAAGUGAUAUCCGUGGUUUGUCAGUGUCGUCAUCCAACAAUGCUGUCAUUUCCGGUGGUGGUGACGAGCUCAUAGUAUGGAAUGUCCAUUCACUUCGACCAGUUGCACAUCUUGAAGGCGAAGGUAUGGUCGAUGUCACUUCCGUCAUUUUUGCUGUGGGCGACGGGCACGUUAUUGCCGGAACCAAGGCAGGCGAGUUAUAUCUUUGGGAUGUAGCAGCUUGUGAACUGCUUGAAAUGCGCAAAGGUCAUGAGGGAGCGAUUUGGUCAAUAGUCCAGACAGCAGACAGCAAGGGUAUUAUCACAGUAUCUUCGGAUAAAAAAGCCAGGUUUUGGUCGUAUGACGUUAUCUCCGAAGGCACACGUAAGCGCUUAUCCCUUCGAGAAACAAGAAUACUGGAGUUGCCAGACGAAGCUCUCUGCUGUGCGGUCUCACCAGAUGGCAAGUUCGUAAUAAUUGGUCUGCUUGACAACACCGCCGGAGUUUAUUUCUUCGACACGUUGAAGUUUUUCAUUUCCCUCUAUGGUCAUUCCUUACCUGUAACAUGUGUUACAGUUAGCCCAAACAGCAAACUAGUUGUGACUGGAUCUGCUGACAAGUCAAUAAAGAUCUGGGGACUCGAUUUUGGUGACUGUCACAAGUCUUUUCACGCUCACGAUGACGUUGUGUCGGCUGUAUUGUUUUCACCCUCUGAAGAGUUGCUUGUUUGGUCAGCAGGUAGAGAUGGUAAAAUCAAGCAGUGGGAUGCACAGAAGAUGUGCCGUGUACAGGUUCUGGAUCGUCACUCAGCUGAAGUCCGCGCAUUAGCACAGACGGACAAUGGCAGUUCAUUGUUCUCAGCUUCGCAUGACAAAUCUCUUCGGUGUUGGGAACUGACUGAGGAGCUGAUUGUUGUACAAGAAGAAGAGGAGAUGGAAAGGGAAAAAGAUUAUGAAUCGCGCCUUCUUGAAGAAGAGGAUGUGGUUUCUGGUGAGGUCGCCGAACCUGAAGCUGGCUUAGCUACUGUCAAGAAUACUCAAAGCAUAGCAUCGGCAGAAAAUAUCAUUGAAGCAGUAGAUAUUGUAAGAAACGAGAAAGUCCAAGUGAGAGAAAACCCUGAGCAUGAAGCUCAUCCAUUGAUCAAGGCUUACAACAGCAAGUCUUAUGAUCAUUUCAUCAUUGACGUUUUGUCGCGAUGUAGACCAAGUAACCUGGAACGAUGUUUGCUUAUGGUUCCGCUGAGCUACGUUGCCGACAUUCUCACAGCAGUUUCUGCAUGUGUACAUCAACACUACAAAAUUGAACUUGCCGUGCGGGUAGCGAUAUUUUUGAUAAGAAUACAUCAGAAUCACAUCAUUAACUCAACAGAAAUGCUUCCAGUAAUUGAAAAAAUCAGUUCCGAAAUGCCGCAGGGGAUCAGGGAAGUCCGGGACGUGAGUGGUUUUAAUCUUGCUGCACUGGAAUUGCUGCAGCUAGAAAUAGAGGAGACCCAGAAUGUGAAGUUCUUCGCUGAUGUUUCGGAAGUUCUGAACAAGCAGAAGAAGAAAAAAAGAUUCGUCCAUUGGGAAUACUGCAGGCUCAUCGGAUGUUCUCCAUACCAAACAACUGCGCAGGAUGAGGAGAUGAUAGUGUUAGUAUGGUCGCUCGUCUCUUCGGUGGUCGAAGCUGCACGGCGACGGAAAUUAGCCGUUUUCGUAGCAAAUUUCCUUGCUCGAGCCAGUGCCGAUGGACUUAUGCUCGUUUGUCGCCACAUAUCGCCUGGCCUUCUACGAUACUCCAGCGAUUCGCAGCUAAAUGCAGGACCAGGUCACGAGGUUUUGUACAGAAAUGAGCGCACUGAAGUCAUUACGGAGAAGGCAGAGGCGUUGAUGACGUCGCAGUGGCGAUUUUUGAAAGGUAGUGUUGAACGGCCAACUUCGAGUGAAAAACGGGUAUACUUUGUUGCUCAACGCCAAACGGGACCAGUUGUCGUACCUACUAGUGAAAAUAAUGCAUCUGCGCCAUACUGCAGUGUCUUUUUAAGCUCGAGCUGUGAGCGAGUUGCCUGGCACCGUUACGAACCCGCUACGCUCUACGCAUGCAUCGUGGAUCGGUUCGUAGACGUCGUUUACGCCUUCUCCGAAAAUGCCCUCUUCGAUAGCAUUACCGAUGCGAGAUUGAUUGAUAGUUUGUACACUGUUUCAUUGCCCUACAAUCAGAUUUCCGAUGAAGUGCUCAGACCAAUCUCACCCCUCACACAGUCACUUACGCAUUUGAAUCAGCCACCUCUAUCACUUCUGGAACAACUCUACGUGGGUGAUGUCAGACCAUGGAAUGAGGAGAUCCGCGAACGCUUCCGCAGCGAUGGAGCUCUACACCUUGUCUGCCAACACGGAUUCGAUUCAGUACCCAAACGUUUCUAUCGAUCUCCGAGGAGAAGAUUUCGUUCGUGCACAUCUGACCUACGAAGAAACGAAGAGGCUCUCAACUGCUUCAUUCCCGAACUUGAAAUCCAGGUGACGGAUUUAUUCGACUACGCUUCACGUUCCCUACCUCCAAUCUAUCGAAGCUUAGAAUCGCCUUAUCGUAUCGCGUCAAGCGCCAGAAGACCGCCUAUCACUAUGGAAUCGCGAGCGAUGAUCGCAGCCGAUGCGGCCAGUGACAACAGCUUGGAGAUGUCGCCAUCCAUCACAAUCGAAGAAAUUGACAGGAGCUCAGAUGGCAAUGCGACUUGCGACGAAUCGACUUCGGAUAUCCCCUAUGUCGACGACUCGGAUUUUGGAGCGUCGCCACGCCCAAUUGCUGACAUCCCACAACUGGCACUUAUUGUGAGAAGAGAUAUGGAAGAACGGAUUGAAGGAAUGCAAGAUGAGAAAGCUGCUGAAAAACCUAUGGAAAUCAAGAAGAGCGAAGACCAAGAGAAGAACGUAGAGAAGCCCGUAAAGAACACGAAUAUCGAAGAAUCUGUUGUGCUAAAGCAAGAAAUUUUGCCUGAAACAUCACCUUCAAAAGUGGACGACAAGGAAACUAAACCUAAAGAAGCGAAACCGCUUCUAAACGGGAGUCAACCAACUGGGGAGGCGGCGAAGCCGGUACGCAUUGCAGAUCUACCUCCUCUACCGAAGAAUAAUCAUAAAUCACAAAAGAUCCCUAAUGGUAACUCAACAAUCAAAAAGCUUGAAAGACAGCCUUUUCCCCCUCCUGCUUCUGUCGCACAGCGUCGGCAUUCGGCCAUGGUCGGUUCUGCUGUAGAGCAGAAUAAUAGCUCCUCACGUUUCCGCUCACUAAGUCCAAUGCCAUUCGGUGCCGGCGCGGCAAGAAUAAGACAUUCACUCUGUGAAGCGACAUUUGGCGACAGGCCGCUGUUUUGUGGUGAAGCGUUCCAUCGUCCAUAUACUCCGACAAGGAAAUUUCAUACAACCACUGAUCGCUCAUUGAGAGCAAUGUAUAAGCCGCCAUCUAUAUUGGUAUACACUGGGCAACAAAAUGAACUGUACAAAAGGAUACGAGAAAGCCUGCAUCGUCUAGUUCCCGCGGACCGUUACACAGUCUUUCAUCUCAGUCCCGAUGCAAUGAAGAAACAGCCCUGGGUCGAACCAACAACGGCAUGCCUUAUAAUUGCUGAUACAUCGGAACUAGACGAUCGAUGUUGGACGAACAUGCAGCACUAUUUCAAUCAGUCUGGAAAAAUCAUAUUUGUUUGCCAAAAUCGUCUACUUGCAAGUCUAUCUAGUUGUGAGUCUUCGAAAAAACAGGCUGACAUGAUUCGAAUGGCUUUUGGAUCUCGAGAUUCUAUAUCAAUGGGGAAAGAUUUUGAACACUUCCUCAAGAAAUCGUUGAAAACUCUUGCUAAGCAAGGAACUAUCAAUGCAACCUUCCACUCAAAAGAUCUCGCUGCCGGUAUGAGCUAUUCCGUAGUACUGACGAAAGUCAAAGAUCUCCCGCUCUUCCUUUACAUGGAAAAUAGCGCACAUCUAGCGUCAGCAAUCUUUUCCGAUGCAACAUCUGAGCAGUUAUUAGCUACAGGAAGUCGUAUACUCCAAGACUCUCUUGCUCGUGUUGGUGUCACCAUAACUGAGACAAAACCACCCGCCCUCACCGGAGCAGUAAUGGUUGCCAAAGAAGAUAAAAUCUUGGAGGAUUUGAUGGGAGUGCGAUAUGGAGAGGAAAUUGGCCAAGCACCUAAGCUUUUUUUGAGAAAAACGGAAAAGAUAGCAGAACAAGGUUUGCCGGAUGUUGAUGAAAACUUGCUUCCCGUAGAAGUAUCGACUCGAGAAAGCAGUGCCAACUAUCCCCAUUUCAAUUUGCCUCUGUAUUUCUCCCGGUUGACAACGCGGGAGCUGGGACAAGUCAUCAUGCAUAUACCUGUAGUAACUACCACAAUCAAAGUUUGUGCUAGUCUUUGCGACGCGAUACCCACUUGUAAUGGAGCAGUAGUUGUUGCUGGCCAACAAACUCAAGGACAAGGUCGUGGUGGAAAUGAGUUUGUAUCACCUUUGGGUGCUGCGAUGUUCAACAUUUCUACAUGUUUACCGCAGUCUUCUGCACUAGCCCACAACCCAUCUUUUCUCCAGCACAUAUUCGCCAUUGCACUCGUUGAUGGUGUCCGCCGAUUGAGCGGUUUUGAUGACUUUCCUCUCCGAAUAAAAUGGCCAAAUGACUUCUACUUCAAUCGAUCCCAUAAAGUUGGUGGCCUUCUAGCAUCUGCAAAAUGCCGUGACAAUGGACUGCUCAUAUCAAUCGGUGCUGGCAUCAAUGUGACAAACUCCCAACCAACGGUCUGUCUUAACGACAUGGUCCCUGAAGGCAGUGACAUUAAGUUUACUAUCGAAGAGGUGAUUGCGGAAACAUUGAAUAGAUUCGAAUUCUGGAUGAAUACUUACGAAAUCAAGGGCCCGACUCCAGUGCUGAAAGCUUAUUACGAAUUUUGGUUGCACAGCCGAGAAGAAGUUUUGAUAGAAGAGCUGUCAGAAAAGGUCAUCAUCAGAGGUUUGGACAAGCAUGGCUAUCUGCAAGUCCGAAGCAAAAGCAAUCCUAGCAAGAUUUUCUCCGUUGGUGACAAUGGCAAUACGUUUGAUAUGAUGAAGGGACUCAUACGUCACAAAAUUCACUAACCUUUCACUGCAUUAUUCAUUCUGCUAUGCUGCACAUUAUUUUAUAGGCUCAAUUGCUUGUAUCUCAGGUUUGCUGUUGAAUUUCCUCUCAUGUGAUGGUUUGUACCGGUUUGUAGUGAUCUUAGUGAUGUAGAACAUUAUAGAUUAGCUUUUCAAAUUUUAAUCGAUGAGAAAUAAAUAUUGAAUUGUUCUA